UCUAUUAUGUGAUUUAACUUAUGUGUGUCGUCUCUUCUAGUGAUUGUAUCUAUGGAGUUUUGAAUAUUGAAAAUGGCUGAAAGUGGUAAAGUUAAUGGUGAAGUAAUGGAUUCUGCACAACCAAAUGGACAACUUGUGACAACAAAUGAGAAUGAUAAUGAAUCGGAAGUUGAUGUUGCCGCGCGGAUAAAUCAAGAAAGGGAGAAAUAUCAGCCAACCAAAUUGGAAUCAUUCCUAGCAAUCACUAAAACGUUGAUUGUGCGAGGACUUAUAAUAUAUUUCAUCACAUCAUUUUUUAGGCAGCCAGCAUCAGUUCCUAAUUCCAGCAGCCGUUCAGACGUGUCUGGGACUGCCCCUCGGAUACCAGCAACCAAUAUAUUUGAAAAUGGAACAGUCAUGGACAUGUAUGUGUACGUGUCAGAGUCGGAGUAUCUCGCGAACUUCGACGAUCCCUCCUCGUUGCUGUGGCUGGAGACGGGGCUGGUGUACGGGGACUGGACCGGCGGGCCCAGUGGCGACGGCACCCGCACCAAAACCACGUCGGUACCACCGCAGUUGGUGGAAGUGCUGAAGAGCAACGGCUCGGUGUAUCUGCACACGUUCGUGACGCGGGACGGCCAGUCCCCGGACCAGCGGGCGGGGAAGGGGUACGCGGGCAAGUACGGCAUGGCGCACAACACCAGGAAGCUGAACAAGUACAAGAGGCUGCGGUACACCAAGACCCACAACCUGCUGACGGGAGAGACCGCCGCCUCUGCCGAGGAGAUCAAGAAAGCAGAGACAAUGAAGGAAGAGAUCGUUUCCCACUGGCACCCUAACCUCACGAUUAACUUGGUGACGGACCAGACAGCUUGGGUCCAGGGUUCGGUGCCACCUCCUCUGGACGAGUAUAUACAGUUCCUCCCAAAAGGAAACAAGUACAAGCCUGUGAUAUUCUACAAUGAUUUCUGGAACUUGUUGAAAGACUACAGGCCUAUCAACAAGACAACAGAGAGGCUGGAGUUGUCGCUGACCUUCCAGCCGCUGUCGCUGUUCAAGUGGCAGGUGUACUCGGCCCAGGAGAUGCGCAAGUCGUGGACCAGCAACAUGCUGGGCGGGGGGCUGGCGGAGGAGUCGGACGAGGACCAGGACACCCUGAAGGAGGCGCUCCUCGAGACGUCCCCCUACCUGCUGGCGCUCACCGUCGCCGUCUCCAUCCUGCACAAUGUCUUUGAGCUGCUCGCCUUCAAGAACGACAUCCAGUUCUGGAACAAUCGUAAGUCCCUGGAGGGGUUGUCCGUGCGGUCAGUUUUCUUCAACGUGUUCCAAGCUGCCGUGGUGUUCCUGUACGUGCUCGACAGUGGGGCCAAUUUCAUGGUCACCAUCAGCUGUUUCAUUGGGUUGUGCAUCGAGGUGUGGAAAGUGCACAAGGUGAUGGACGUGAAGACGAACUACGAGAACCGCCUGUUCGGGAUUCUGCCGCGGGUGACCUUCUCUGAGAAGGGCUCCUAUGUGGAGUCGAGCACGAAGCAGUACGACAUCAUGGCGUUCCGGUACCUCUCGUGGGCCCUGUACCCGCUGGUGGGGGGCUACGCCGUCUACUCUCUCCUGUACCAGGAGCACCGCGGCUGGUACAGCUUCACCCUCAACAUGCUGUAUGGCUUCCUUCUCACCUUCGGGUUCAUCAUGAUGACACCUCAGCUGUUCAUCAACUACAAGAUGAAGUCUGUCGCUCAUCUGCCAUGGCGGAUGCUCACUUACAAAUUUCUCAAUACCAUCAUUGAUGACAUAUUUGCUUUUGUCAUCAAGAUGCCUACCUUGUACCGGAUAGGCUGCUUCCGAGAUGACAUUGUGUUCUGCAUCUUUGUGUACCAACGCUGGAUGUACAAGACGGAUCCAACACGGGUUAAUGAGUUUGGUUUCUCUGCGGAGAUGGAGCAGGAAGCUGCCAUCAAGUCGCAGGAGCAACAGAAAGAAAACGGCACAAGCAAAGCUCUCGCCAAAAAGAACAUGUAAAAUACGUAUGGUUAACGUUGACAGUAGAAACAACGGUAAUAAACACGAAAAUUAUAUUUUUUAGUGUAAGUAACCUCUAGUCAUAUGUUACUUCUUUGUUCUUAGAAAAAAAUUUCGUUAUACUCUAUGGUUUUUUUAUGGUGAUUUUGUUGUUUUUAGCUUAAAAAAAUAAAUUCCAUUGGUGUGCCCCGUUCGCUGAAGAUUAUGCGCUGUGAAUGUUGAAGAUCUGUAUCAUACCAUGUCUAUAUCUGUUGAGUCAAUGCAGUAUUAUGAAUGUAUAAAUACAAUGUAUAUUGUGCAUAUUUUAAAAUAGAAGAGUGAAUGGGUGUAUGCAUCCAUUAUUGUUAAAACUA